GCCGCCACCUCCUCCUCCGGCGCCCUGGGCCAUGGGGGCGGCUGCCGGCGCGGACGCCCGGGAAGGGGUAGCGCCUCCGCUGGACCCCGGGCGCAGUCUGCCCCUGCCCCGGGGGGCCGGGAGCCCUGCGGCGUCCCAGGACAAGCUCUUCUUAAUCAAAGGUGGAAUUUUUCUAGGUACUGUUGCUACAGCAGGAAUGAUAGCAGGUUUUGGCACCACACUUGCCAUGACAAAAAAGAAGAACCCAGACUGGUUCAGUAAGGGGAUUACUGCCACAGGUGCAUUACCAGAGAGUGGUUCAUCACUGGCCUUACGAGCCCUAGGAUGGGGCUCACUCUAUGCGUGGUGCGGAGUUGGAUUGCUCAGUUUUGCCAUCUGGAAGGCUCUGGGUGUGCACAGUGUGAGUAGCAAAGUACUUCUGAUCCUGCCAAAGGACAGCAGAAUCUGACCCUAGUCUGCAAUUUACAUUAACUGUUUCUAGAUGAAAGAAUUCCAAACUAAAAUGCAAUCAAUGUUUCCAGCAAUUCCUAAAAAUAGUGAGUCCACUGUUGAAUGGGAAGACCUACUUAAAUCCAAGUGAAAGACACAGAGCCAUUUGGAAGUGUCUUUUUCAGCAAGAACAGGAGUGGAAGUAGCAGAAGUGUCCCAUCCGAAAAAUAGAGAAGAAAACUCAGAUUGAGCAAGUUACUGACUGAGUUCACUGAACCCGGGGAUGCCAGUUAACAUCUAGCAGCAAGGGAAUUCAAAACAAAACAAAGCAAAACAAUUUAUAUUGUACUUUUCAGCGUGCUUGGUAUAGUUGAUUUGUGAGGAAAUGAACCCUCUAAGAUAAGUUGGAUCCAGCUUGAAAGACGACUCUAUUUUAUGAAGACUUAAAGAAGAACCUGAUCUUCAGUAGUAAAUAUAAGGACAAAACGGCAAUGAACUUUUAUCCCAUCCUGCAUCUUAAGAGGAAUUUUAGGAAAUUUCUCUAGAAAACAAAGAACAGUACUUUCAGUGACAUUUACAUGUCCCAUUAGGAAUGUAACCAUCAAGUCAAUUGUGACAGAUCUGUUACUGAGCCUGAAGGUAAAGCAUACAGUGCACUCUUCUAAAAAUAAAGGAGAUAUUUAAAUUUGCAAGAGAAAGUAUCUAAACCAAACUAUUUUUAUAUGUCUGAAGGGAAAGUUUAAAACAUCACAUAUGGAAGUAGUGACCUACUGGGCUCCUCUGUAGAGCAUCAGAAGAGAUCUCUACAAAGUGCACUGUUUUCUCAGUAUUAGCUUUUUUUAUUAGAUCCCACAAUAGUGAAUCUGAGAGUUUGCAUAAGUGUCUCUACUAUAUUUGUAUAGCCAUUUAAGUUGUAAGUGAAAAAGGUAUAAAAUAGUGAGACACCCAGUCUGUCCUACAUGAAUAUAUUCAGCUAAGGAAGUGUAUGGGCAGGGCUAGUUUUUUUGUAUUUCAGUAGUUCCUGUGGCUCUUCUACCAGAAGAAGCAAUGUGACAUUUCCCACACUGCAGUAAUCUCGUGAAGUGUGGGCGUAAACUAGGAAGAAUAAUGCCUUACUCAAACAUUAUAUUUGCAGAACUGUAGAUCUGUAAAAAUCCAGAAGUAAAAAAAAAAAAAAAAAAAAAAGCUAUCAGUGAACAAUCCUUUGUUGAAUGCUCAAUUAUCAGAUUUUUUUAUUAAUUGCACACAGUCCAAUUAGUCAGUUGUCAGAUUUAAUAAAGUCCUCUUAAAACCUGUCUUUUGUGAUUAAGUCUUUAUAUUUCAAGGAAAGAACAUAAAAAAAAGCUUUAAAUGUCAGAUGAAUAAUAGAGAAGUAUGGUUUUCCUAUGAAACAUGACAGCACUAAAAUAGUAUCUUUAAAGCAAUUGAAGCGUAAUAGUUGACAUCUUUUCCAUAGCUUGAUGCUUGUAAUCCAAUAUUAAAUAAAUUGUGGUGAAUACUGCCAUCAUA